AAAAAUUGAUUUUGGCAAUAUUACAGUUGGAGGUGUGAGAAUAGAAUUACUCUCAAUUAAUAUUGCGUAGUUAACAGUAGCGGUUUCUGCACUCAAGUUAUCACCACGCUGCUAUUGUCGUGGGAAUACCAAUAAAAUAAAAGCGAACCUAUCAGUUUUGUACGAAUAACAAAGCGAUGAAAUGUUCUCAAGUUAUGAUGUAACUCAAGAAAGUUGCCAAGUUGACGUAACAAACCAAUCCCUUGCCACAAGUGUAACAACUGCUGACAGAAGUGCCACAAAGUUUCAAAGUUUUAUACACGAAGAUUUGUCAUCAGUUCUUCCACCUCCUGCACAGUUUGCAAAUGGGGACAUAAACAAAGAGGAACUCCCUACAAGAAAUGAACGACCACCUAUUCCUGAAAAACCUCAGUUUAUGGCAAACACUAAUAUGAAUAAUAAUAAUCGACAAAAUAUGGGGACUUUAAAUGGAACUACUAAACUCAAGAAUUUGAUGCUUUUACGGGAACCUACAAGGAAACCUGUGAUAAGACUAUUUUCCUCUGAUGAUGAAUCCUGUGAUUCUCUGUCAGAUAGCGAUGAUUCUGGAGAAGAAUUUGAAAUGCCUAUCCAAAAAGAAGAUACAAUAUCAACUAGUGGAACUUCAACAAUUUCCUCAAUCUCAACUUCUUCCCUCGAUCAAAUAACAGAAGAAGAUAGAGCGCUAUACGUCAUCGCUAAAAUCACAAUUCCUGAGCAAAAAUUAACUAAAUGCAUGCAAUUGAAGAUUACAGAGACAGUAUGGACUGCAAAACAACGAAUUAUUCAAUCUCUCGCCAAGAAAUUUCCAGAUCCACUUAACUAUGGACUUUAUCAUGAAAAAUAUGGAAUGUUUCUUCUUGAUCACAAACCUAUGUCUGAAUAUAUUGAAGCUGGAUCAGUGGGAGCUAUGCAGAUGUUAUAUAAAUGUAGAAAAAUGGCAGAUCAUCCUCAUAUUUCAAAGGAAGGAAGAAAACACACGAAGAUGCAAAGCGCUUCCAAGCGACGAGAUUUUCUAAGUUACGUUCAACAAUAUUCUACGGAUAAAAUAUAUAGUUUGAUACGAAAAGGAAUUGAUCCGAAUUUUCAAUGUCCGAAUACAGGAGAAACUCCACUUACAAUCUUGAGUAGCGGCCAAUCUCGUGCUGAAUGUGUAUCAGUGUUCAUGGCAUUACUGGGAGGUGGAGCUCAUCUGGAUUACAGGAAUAAAAGAGGAUUCACACCUAUGCAUGUUGCUGCUAGGAAUGGAAAUAUACAAAUGAUAAGGACAUUGAUAGAAUUCCAGGCUUCACCUAAUGUUGUCGACAGUCGAGAUCUCACGCCGUUAUAUCAUUGUAUAUUACUUGGGUCCGACCCAUCUGCUGCCAGAAUACUUAUACAAAGUAACUCUAUUAUUGGAUGUAGAGAUUCGCAGGGAUGGACUGAAAUACAUCAGGCUUGUCGACACGGUCGUCUGCAACUAUUAGAACUUCUGUUAUCGUGCGACAGUGUAGGUGAAGAACAUAUAAAUGCACGAAAUGCAUCUGGGAACACACCACUUCACGUUUGCGCUCUUUACAAUCAAGAAUUUUGCGCAGUAACUCUUUUGAUGCAUGGAGCAGACACAACUAUAUUGAAUUUUUCGAAUCAAGAUGCCGUCCAGGUCGCCCAUGUAGCAUCAAAUGUAAGCGUCGCUUCUCUCAUCAAAGAUUUUCCGAAUAAUAUGGAUAAUAUCGAUCAUCCUCUAAUUCGAGCAAGAGCUGAAACAGUGUCUUCGUCAAAACCACCCAUUGCGCCAUCACCAGAUACCUCACCUAAACACAAUGCAAAGAAACAUAAUGGAAGAUCAACGUGGACUCCCAGUUCGUUGAUGAAGCAUUCCAAGCAAUAUAUUCUGCAGAAACAACACAGCGUAUCAGGAACAUUAGGAAGAAGCAAAGGAGAAUCAUACACAAUCGAUACAGCUAUGGUAGAAAACAGAUUCGACUCCAAGCUUCCACCAAAUGCCAAGAUACCAGACGUUAAAUAUCCAAAAACAACUGGAAACGGUGUAGUCGAUGAAAACAAAGUCCGAAUUGUCGUCAGAAAUUACGAUGCAAAAACUUCAGAAGAACUAUCCUUGCGAGUUGGGACAAGAGUUAUCGUUUUGAAUGCAAGAUCAGCUCCUCCUGGAUAUCAUGAUGGAAUGGUUGGAAACCAACGUGGAUUUUUUCCUAAAGAUUGCGUAGAGGAAGUCAGAUUGAGGAGACCUCUUGCUGAUACAGGUCAACGAGCAACUUCUGACAACGUUAACGAAAGACAUUCAAGCGGGAAAUUCAAAAGUUCGACCAAAAAGCAACAUACAAGUGCCGACGGUUCAUCUCUAACACAAAGGAAUACAAUGCCGGAUUCGGUGAGCAUCGUAUCAUUUGAAUCCAACGAUGAAGUCAAUACAGGACGGAAGUCUACAUCGUCCAGGAGCGAGGAUUUGGCAAAUCUCCAAGCAACCUCCGUCUCCGGUAUAUUUCAUAAUACAAGAAGUGUAGCUUUAUGGAAAGGCUCAGACGGAUUUGGUUUCAUCCUAAGGGGAGCAAAAUCCGAAGGACCAGUCCACGAAUUCAACCCGUCCGCAAGAUAUCCAGCAUUGCAGUAUUUAGAAUCAAUUGAAGAAGGCAGUAACGCUCAUAAUGCAGGAUUACGCUCUGGAGAUUUCAUUAUUAGGAUCGGAGAUACAGACGUUAGAAAGUUUGGCCACCAGCAGUUAGUCGACACCAUACGAUCAUGUGGAGAACCACUACAUAUGCAAGUUACGACGGUCAUCAAUAGGACACAGAACGGAGAUACAGUUUCGCUUCAUUCAAAUUCUAGUGGAAAACAAUCACAAAAAGGUCACGGAAAAUCGGACUCGAUAUCAUCAGCGUUAGAUCAAUUGGACAACGUUAUUGCCAUGGAGGAUAUGGACGGAUCGGAGAGAACAGCUUCGUUAAGAAGGUUACCUGGUGGCAGAAGAAUAGGUGGUGAUCAUCUUCAGAAUUUAUUUUCACGGCCAAACGGAAGCGUAGAUCCUAUAGCUACAUUACCAAGAGCCCCACAAACAAGUACAUUUACUAGCGCAAAGAAACCUUUAUGUGUUCCACCACCUUCGUUAUCAAGCAGUAACACAUUCCAGUAUGAUAAUACCGACAAUCGUUAUUCGUCGUCACAUGAAGAUACCCAAAGUGUUCGUAGUAUGUCAUCGUCCUCUUCUAAUUCAUCGACUUUCACAACAUGGGGAAGAUAUUCGGGAACUGCAAACGCUCCACCGCCAGUCACUAACGGAAAAGAAUUCAGAUCUCAUUCGGUCUCUGGAGCAACCGGGGAAAGACUCUUGAUGCAAAGUGGCGCAAAAUCAAAACGACUUCCUCCGCCGCCACCCAGACGUGUGGACAGUCGAUUGUCUGUUUCAAUACCAGAAGAAGAACCCGUCAGAAGUCCGUCGCAUUAUACUUCGCCGCAUAAAACAACGCAACACAUGGUUAGUCAUCAGCAAACAGAUAUGGCGUCUGCAAUUGCAUUGGCUGCAAGAAAUAGAGCAGAUAGGCUCAGCCAAUCAGAAGAACAAAAACGAACCGAACCUGUAGCGACUACACCAAAAGCAGAGGAAGCCGGUAUUGAAGAAACACCAACCAAAUCUGUCGCCGAAAUUUCGUCCGCAUUAUCUAUUGCUUUGGCAGCUAAAGAGAGAAUGUUGAGCCAACAGAAAUCUGGAAAGUCAAAUGUCGAUGUUAAAAAACCACAAAACACUUUUACAGUCAAUCCAAACUCAACUCGAUCGUCCGCCGUAAAAAUAAACACCACAAAGCAGUUUUCAACAGGCAGGGCCCCGUCAAGUGGAAACACCCCAAUUAAUCGGCAUGUGUUACCCCCGCCGCCUUCGAAUUUACCCCCACCACCACCUCCGGAUGAUUUCGAUGACGGUUUGGCGCUCCCACCACCACCAUCAUUCCCAGCUCCGGAUCAUCACACAAGAUUUAAUCACAUGACAUUUGAUGAAUUAUUGGAUCUUCCUCCACCACCUUCAGAUCUCUUGCCAAGUCCGAAUUCAAAUAAUCAAAGUCAUAUUUCACCUCCAGAAGGAUACCGGAGAGAGGAACAAAAAACGAAACCGAAUUCUCUCGGAUUUUUGCCUCCGCCUCCGAUCCCACCACCGCACGAAGAUGACGACGGUUGCACUUCGCCUAAUGGAGCUGAUAACUUGAGCAACGCAGACUCUGGAGUUGCCGAUGUAGCGGGAGAUGGACUCAACUUAAGUCACCAUCACAGAAAUCAUGUUAGUGGCGAUAACCAUUCAACAGUUUCCAGCGUUUCUACGACUUCUACCAUGUCAUCAGAAGACACUAAUUCAGACUAUUCGUCCGAACGUGCAUGGCCAUUGAGAGAAGUUCGAAACAGUUCGAACGAAGAAAGAAGCUCAUCGCCCGCUGCUCCAGCUGGAAAUAUGUACCUUGACGUAUUAAAGAAAGCCAAAUCCAAGCAGACGACACAAGAAGAGAGCGUAAAAUCACAGAAUGAGGCCAAGAAAAAUAAUUUGCGUCCUGGAAUCACGGUAACGAAAAUGACAUUUGCGCCUGUAACCGUGCUACCGCCCCCAGCGGAGAAGUCGAAAGAGGCGUCAAAAUCAAGUAAUGUCUUCCCGCCAGCUCCUAAAGAGUAUACCACAAACGAAACGAAGCCGUUAUUUGGCAAGGCACCGGCAGUUCAAACGCAAAAGGUGAAUUUUAUGUCGCCCGCAGCCAAGGCUCCAGAAAAGGCCACGCCUAUCAAAACAACGCCAAUUGUGGGUCCAGGAGCCGCCACAAAAACCACGAUCAACCCUGCCAAAAGUGUGAACAACAACGAAAGCCCAGAAAAGAAGCCGACAGCGCCUGCUAGCGCACAGAAGCCGUUGGUUCAAUGGACAGUGACGGAUGUUUCAGAUUGGUUGAAAGACCUCGGCCUUCAAAUGUACAUUUCAUCGUUCGAAGAAAACGAAAUAGCGGGCGAACAUUUACCUGACUUAGGUAAAGACGAACUCAUUGAACUUGGAGUCAAACCUUUCGGUCACAGACUUACUAUUGAUCGAUCUAUCAAGAAGUUAACCAGUUAAGUAAAGAAAUCUGACUGUGCUGAAAUUGUAUAUUUCGAUUGAUAUUUUCAGAAUAUUAAGUGCCAAUAUCAUAAAUGCUCGCCUUCUACAACAUAGUUGACUCAGAACUUAGUUUAGCAUUGACUAUUAAUUUAUAUUUGCGGUUUAAUUUUGUUUCAAAGUCUUUUCAGAUUCAAGGUAAACACUUAGUUGACUUCGUUUUAUAAGUUUUCGGUAUAUUUUGGAGCUCUUUACACAGUAAAUAACAGUUUGAACUAGUACGGUUGUUUUAUAUUCAAUAGUACAAAGUUUUUUUAUUUAUUUUCAAUAUUUCGUUACGUUAAUUUGUCUAGAUUUAAUAAGAAAAUACGUACUCGACUUUUGCUUUUUUCUUUUCAUUAAAUAAAUUCGUUUUGAUGCGCAUCUGCCCUAUUCAACGCGUUAUGAAAAAACGAAUUUUUUUUUUGUUCGUUUCGUCUUAUUUUGAAUCUUUUGCCGAAUUAUUGACGAUUUGGGUUACCAUAAAAUGUUCCUUUUUGCGUGUAUAUACAUAUAUAUGUUUUUUUUUUCUUGAGAAAUUUUCUACGUUUAAAAUCUUACGCAGUAUAAUUGUCCUACACAUCGCCACGACUCGUAUUAUAAAUUUUUAGCAAAAAAAUUCCAAGACCUUUUUUUCCCAAAGUGGCUGUAUUGUUCGAAAAAAACGAAAACAGAUUAAGAAUUGUGAGUUUUUUUUUUGUUUUUUUUUUAAAUUUCAAUAUAUUUGUCCUACAAAUCGCCACAACUUGUAUUGUGAAAUUUUUAGCAAAGUAUUCCAAGUGUCUGCCAUAGUGAAAAUACGGAGAUAUAUCACCUAAAAAUGGCGAGUUAAAACGAUUCCCGAUAUUUGAUUUCGUAUUUGCUUUCUCAUCGCAUCUCAAAUAUUACACACCAAUGCUGCUUGUGUUUUGUUAAUCACGCUAACAUGUAACAAAGAAACGCCACGAGAUUUUGCUUCUUUUUGUUUAUUACCAAGUACACACCAACUCCGGUACACGAUUGAUUAUUCUUCAGUCGACUGUGUUCACUUCUUACUAUUUUUCCUUUUUUUUUUAAUUUUUUUUUAACGUUCGUUGGCUUGGUUGACUAUCAUCCUUCUUAAGUUUAUGGAGAAAUAUAUAACAAAAUUACAUCCUUGAAAUGAAUUCAUUAUUUUGUCAUUGUGAAAAUACUCCAUGUAUUUUAUUAGACUACUUUUGUGUUUAAUCAAAUCACAGAAACUAGUGUUGACCGUUAUUACAACUAACUAUCGAAUUCACGUUAAGUUUCGGUUUAUUUUCGUGUACAUUUAUGACGUGUUUUCAUUUGGAUGGAACCUCCCCGACAAUCAGUAUUACGCCAUCCGUCCGUUUUUACUCAUUAAAAAAGAGAAUCUACUACUUUUUAGUAUUUCCACUACUUGAGUGUUUUUCACACAACUUAUGACCGUUGGGCACCCGCUUAAGUUUCAUCAAUGUUGCAUCGUACUAUAAGCAUGGUCAGAAGCCCUUUUGAUCGGUUAUUCGCAAUGAUUUGACGAAGGAAGGGCUUUAUGCUUUUAUAUUAUAAUUUUCUUCUUUCUAUUGCUCUCUCUAGCCAGGGUCAAAAACUACGGUAAAGUUGUUUCGAAUUCAUCCCCAUAUCUCGGGGUAAUUCUGAAAUAUUUUUACUCGUACUGGCCGACUCUUUUUCAUUUUGGUUUUGUUCGUCAUUAUUAUUGUUUUUCUUGUUGAUUUUUGUUAUUUUUUUGUUUUCCAUACAUUUAUUAGUUAUCAUGAUGUCCUCUUGGUAAGACGAUGACAAAAUAUACAACGGUUGCAAAAA